AUGGCUUAUGAAAGCCUCAUGUAUCCAGCCUAUGCACCAGGUCUUGGUUCCAGGCCACGUCUGCAAUCGAUACAUCCUUUUCGCCAGCUAAUUUCAUCGGGAUCCCAUCCGAAUGGAGCAUGGACAGGUGGCGGUGGUGGUGGUGGCCCAGGGCAUUCGGGAUAUGGUCACGAUCCCCCGGAAUAUGACUACCAUUCGGGGCCUCCCGCCCCCAGUGGUGGCAGUUAUUCAUAUCAUUCCACUGCCGGCACGGGUUAUGGUGUGCCACCGCCGGCCCCACAUCCUCAUCCGCAUCCCCAUCCUCCGGUACAUCCGCUCACAGGUGGAACUGGUUAUGAUUACGGAGGCGGAGGAGGUGGUGGAAAAAAGAAAGGCGGUGGUGGUAAAAAGAGCAGAAGUGGUACUUCAACCAUAACCGCAUUGACUCUGCUUUCCUUUUUCUUUUUCGUCAAUCUGCUGCAGGGCUGUAUCAAAGAACACAUGGACUCCAUGAAUCCAACCGUCAUGGUUAUGACCACCGAUAUACGACGCAGUAGUCUUAACAAAAUGGGUGAUAUGAACUCAAGAGAACAACAUUCCGUCUCACCCGGAGUGGUGGCCACGGGAGGAGCAAAUUUGGUAAUGCAACCCGCGGAUAUGUUGGCCUCGGCAGCCUUGAACUCGGCGACAGUUAUGGAGGCAAUGAAACCCUAUGUAAAUCUACAAUCACCCUAUAGUGGAGUGACAAACAAACCAUUGGAUGUGAUGGCCUCUCAGCCACAUCAACAACCACCACCUGGACCGGGGGUGAUGCAUUAUCAGCCACAGAAUAUGGAACAACCUCAAGUGAGCUAUGCCCGACCUCCACUCUAUGAUCCACAUCAACCAGAUGUCUAUGAGCAAAGGCCAAGCUAUGGUCCCCCACCUGGUCCGGUUUCACAAAAUCCUCAAUAUGGCAAUCCAGGGCGACCCUCGAACCAUGAACCUCCACCACCAUAUCAGCAGCAACCUCCAAUUUACAUGGGUUCCCCCAUGGAACAUGCAACCCAUCACCACGGCUAUGAUAAUGGAAACAAUGACUACCAUUCUCCACCUCCCACAUCGCCACCACCACUAUAUUCCACACCCCGUAAUCCUUUUUAUGAUCAACCUAAUCCACAAUCAAAUCACAACUCCUACAAGGGCGUCUAUGUGGCCUCACAACAUUCAUCGGAUAAUGGUUAUCAGAAAUAUCCACCGCAAAAAUACCCACCACAAAAAUAUCAGGAAGAAGAGGCCGCACCCUUGCCCGGAGAUUCUUAUUAUCAUUCGCAGAAUCAAGGACCCGUCCCCUGGUCUUCAUCACAAUCUUCGUCGUCGGUGGUCUCCGGUCCCAUUCGUCGUGCAACAAUUGUUUCCAUAUCCCCGACCAUAAAAUGGGUUUCUGUUCCCUCCAACAUUGAUGAUCAUACCGAUUUUGAGCACUCGGCAUCGGAGGCUGAGGAAAUAAGGCGCAGUAGUCGUUAUGAUGAGUUAUCUUUCAAUGAUAAACCUUAA